GCGUCGCGCGCGGUGGAAGCAGGAAGUAGGACCAAAACAAAGGAGCGGCUGCCGGGAGCGGACCUGCCUCUCCUCGCCUCGCUUCCGCGCAAGCCCGGGCCCUGGCCGCCGACCCCGAGGCGGCGUCCCGCCAUGUCCAACAUGGAGAAGCACCUGUUCAACCUGAAGUUCGCCGCCAAAGAACUGAGCAGGAGUGCCAAGAAGUGCGAUAAGGAGGAGAAGGCCGAAAAGGCCAAGAUCAAGAAGGCCAUCCAAAAGGGCAACAUGGAAGUGGCCCGGAUCCACGCCGAGAACGCCAUCCGCCAGAAGAACCAGGCCGUGAACUUCCUAAGGAUGAGCGCGCGCGUGGACGCCGUGGCCGCCCGCGUGCAGACGGCCGUGACCAUGGGCAAGGUGACCAAGUCGAUGGCCGGCGUGGUCAAGUCCAUGGACGCGACGCUGAAGACCAUGAACCUGGAGAAGAUCUCCGCGCUGAUGGACAAGUUCGAGCACCAGUUCGAGACCCUGGACGUCCAGACGCAGCAGAUGGAGGACACGAUGAGCAGUACGACGACGCUGACCACUCCCCAGAAUCAGGUGGACCUGCUGCUCCAGGAGAUGGCAGACGAGGCGGGCCUCGACCUCAACAUGGAGCUGCCGCAGGGCCAGACCGGCUCCGUGGGCACCAGCGUGGCCUCGGCCGAGCAGGACGAGCUGUCGCAGAGACUGGCCCGCCUGCGCGACCAGGUGUGACGGGCCGGAGGCUGCCGCAGGAGGCCCGCGGACAGGCCCGCGAGGCCGCCUCCGCCCAGCAGCUGCCGCUCGUGGUGACGUGUAUUUUUAUAGCCGCCUUUUAACAGAACUGGUUGAGUGGUGGGCGUGGAUCUCGGCCCCUCGGUGACGCUGCCUACCGAGGAGGGUCCCAUCCGAGGCCAAGUGUGUGUGUGCGCGUGUGUCGCGUGUUUGGUGGCACACCGAGUGACAGGUGGUCCGUGAGAAUUAAAGAAGGGGAUGAUUAUUUUGAUUACACAGCUAUAAACACUUCGUUCAGUCGGCAGUGCUGUUUCUGUAUAGCCUUUCUUUCGAUUUUGAUUUGUUUGGUUUUUGCCAUCAAAGCAAGACUACAAUUGACUAUUUGUUCUCAUAACUUACUCUAAAAUUAUCUUAGAUCUUAAAAUAAUAUUCUCUUGCUGUUUACAUUCUAUAAAUUUUCAUGUGAUAAUGGAGUUUGUGUAACUGGAAAAAAUGCCACAAAAGUUAAUUUAUUGGGAAAAAUAAAUUUGUUCAUUUAUAUUUUCUAUUUACAGAGAGUUUUUUAAAGGACUUAGAUGUAAUGUUUGACAGUUUCCUAGUUAUUUCACGAUGUCAUCACUUUAAUCAGACUUCUCCUUAAAGUAUGUUAAUUAGCAUGAUAGUCAUUUUACACACCUAACAUUGCCAAAGAACAGCUGAUUGGUCUGGGGAAACCUUGGGACUGUAUGUUUAUAGGUUUCAUUUUUAUUUUAACAACCAAAAAUGAAAUAAAAUUAGUUCUAAUUAUUUUAAGUUCUAAUUAUUUUCAUUUGUUAUUUGUCUUAAAGUAACAACUUUAAAAACCUUAAAAAUACAAGUUGUAAUGUUUGACUUAGCCAUGCAAACAAGGCAUGUUCCUCCGGCCAGCUGGAAGUGUGGGAAGGGGAGCCAGCUAGGGCUGGGGGUCUGAACUGCAUUCGGGGCUGGGUCAUUUCCCAAGGCUGUGUGUCUGGCUGAAGAGCAAAGCAGGCCUUCUCCACUCUGCUUGGGCUCAGAACAGGGAGAAUUGCACUUAUUUUGCUUGGCAAUUAAAUUAAACUAUGUUAAAUACUUGUAAGUUUUUAAAAUUCUCCUUCAUUCACUGGAAGAUUUCUCCCUAAGAGAAUUCCGGUAUUUCUGAAAAUAGGGACUUUUCCAAGCUCUUUGAAAGAUUCACCACCAAGUACACAUAGAUAACAUGUUUUCCAGUGUGAAUGAAUGUUUAAGGAAAAAAGAAGCAUAGGCAGAUGAGGACUGACCUUCAUAGUAAGUUUUUUAAAGUAUAUUUGCCGGGGUGUUGUUCAGAAGUCUGCUCUACGGGACUCUUGUCGAUUGCCCAGAGUCUUCUGUCACAGGCCCUUAGCAGGUCGGGUGUCCUCUCAUCGCUUGGUUUCGCAAAGCCUGCCUGAUGUGAGUACAGCAUGUGUCUUAAACCCUCUUUGGACUGGAAAAUUAUAA